AUGAUGAAGCCGGCUUGUCUGCUUCUAGCCUUUGCGGCCGCGGCCUGUGCGACUGAGCUGCCUGUGGAGGAUCGCGCAUGCUGGGAUCGCUUUGAACUUUGGAACAAGAACUGCGCUCUGUUGGCGACGACGAGGACAAAAGUUUGCACAAAGACAGUCACGCCGACGGGGAUCACGGAUUGUUCCAGCUUCACAACGCAAACGGUAGAGCAUACGGCAACUAUCACGCUUGACCCGGGCCAUACCGUCACUGCAACCGAGACACAGACGGCAGUUCAAACCGACUAUCACACAGUAACAGCUAUCCAGACAGAAAUUGCCACGGUGACUGGUACACAGUUUCAAACAGAAAUCCAAACAGUCACAAACACCCACACAGAUCUCCAGACUGUGACCAACCUCCAGACGGAUUAUCAAACUGUCACCAAUGUUGAGACUGUCACAGAUGUCAAGACAAAUUUUGAAACAAUCACAAACAUCCAAACGGUAGUGGAUCUGCAAACAGUGACGGAUAUUCGAACCAACUUUGAAACAGUUACUGCUUUGCAAACAGUGACCGAUGUUCAGACCGUUACAAAUAUACAGACCAAUGUGGAAACAAUUACAGCCAUGCAGACAGUAACAGAUCACGAAACUGUCACCAAUGUCCAGACCCAAACAGUCACGCAGACAGCGGCGGUGAAUCAAGCCUGCGCAACCUCCACAGGCCUCAAUAUCGUGGCAAACCCAGGCUUCGAAGUCUCCGGGUCGUGGGUAUUCAUGCCAGCUUCAAGCGACUCCGAUGUGGAGAUUGCAGCUGGCGGUGGCCAGGAAGGAGCCCGCUAUCUCCGCAUGCGCACUCCAGGAACCUCUUCGAACUUGGGCCAGAAUGUUCUCCAAUCGAUUUCUGUUUGUCCCGGCAGAAGUUACAAGCUUACUUUCUGGUACAAGCGAGCCACCUCCGCUGGAACAAUUACGGUGAGGGCGUAUCUAGGUUCCAUCGUCGUGUUCUCCGGCACUGCAACAUCUUCCACUUGGGUGGAGGGACAAGGCGUCUGGACGGCCCCUAACGGACUUGAUUCCGCCAUGCUAAGGUUUGAAGCGGCCUUCUCGGGUGGAGUUGGCUCGUCGAAAGAAGUGAACCUGGACAAUGUUAAGGUGGUGGCAACUAGUUAA